AUGAGUUCACGUAUUCGUGAUCAUAUGAGAUUAUUCUUGUUAACUGUACUCAAUGAAGAUCCCCGACUGUUGUCUUUAUGCACGCUAAAUGAAUUGACGUCUGUAUUUGUACAAGAAAUGAAUAUUGAACUCAGUGAAAAUUGCUACUCAAAGCUUAAACAUUUUGUGUGCUCUUUUUUGUAUAAUUUGAUGAAUGAUGAGGGAGUUGUAACAAAUGGUGUGGAUCCCCAUGCUCAGAAUUAUUGCUUACCAGUUAAAAACGCUUCUUCUACACCCGAAACACGAAGACGUGUGGUCAUGCUUUCUCGUGAUGAAUCACGCUAUAUCUAUAUCAAACGAUGGGAAAGUGUUAGUAAGCGUAUUAAACAAUUACGUCAAACUCCACUAAUUGGAACUAGGUCAACUGUUCGAACAUUUGUGAAUAAACCUAUAAUGAUUAAUGAAGUUAAAAGUCCAACCUCAUCUAAUUUAGAGAUUACUCCUCUUAGAAAUAUUCAACUCAUACAAACACCUAGAGUGAUUGAAUCAUCUAAUCAAAAAACGGAAUCUUUUAAAAGUAACUCUACUAACAAUAAUAAUUCAACUACAAUGUCUAUCAAUAAACCAAAUUUACCCGCAUUUAUUUCUCAAUCUUCAAUGAAUGAUUGUAAACGUCAUAUAUCUGUUCCGUCGUCUUCAUUUACUUCUACUACUAAUACUACUACUGCUAUUAAUAAUAGCAUCAAUAAUAUUUCAGCUACGAAAACAGGUAUAACAAUAAAGCGACAAUUAAGUGAAGCAGUGAUAUCAGUUCGACCUGCAACUAGUCGUUUGUUAGACAACAAUUAAAAUUAAUGGUUUCAAUACAUAUAACGAUCUCGACGUGUAUGGAUAUAAAGAAGAUCGUAUUCUCAUACUUCUGUUUUGGAAGCAUUCAUUUCGAUUCAAAGAGGAUAAGACGCUUAUUUUUUCGUUCUGCAUUUCUUUUCAUACACAUCUUCAUGUUAUUAUUAGUGUACGCAUACAAAAAAGAUGAUUUUCAGCUUUCUGAUUCUGUUAAACAACAAUCAAAAUGGG